AAAUUACUGCAUAAACAAUGGGGAGCACGGGACACUUGUCAAAUGGGAAAUUAAAUUUAAAUUUACUACGUGAUUAUUAUCGCCGUGAACUGUUAGAACUUUUAGACAAAUGCUUGGGAUCAAAGGCACUUGUAUGGGAUGAUGCACUCACUGGACCCUUUGGCUUAAUAGCGGAGUAUUCACUUUUAAAGGAACAUGAGGUUGAGAAGAUGUUUCCAUUGUCAGACAAGGGCCUCCCUCCCAGUAAUGUGCAGAAUAUCAUCUUUGUCACCAGGCCCAAGCUCCAGCUUAUGGAACAGAUUGCUCAGAAUUUACUGCAAGAAGAGCACAAAGGGGGCUUUAGGAAAGAAUAUCACAUCAUAUUUGUACCCAGGAAGAGCUUGCUUUGUGAGAAAAAACUGAAGGAAAUGGGUGUUUAUGGGACCCUGAAUAACAUAGAAGAAUUUAAUUUGUCGAUGAUUCCCUUUGAUUCUGAUCUCAUGUCUAUGGAAAUGGAAGGAGUUUUCAGGGAAUGUUACCUGGAGAAUGACUACACCACCAUGUUUUACGUUGCCCAGGCUUUGAUGACGCUACAGUUCCUGUACGGAAUCAUUCCCAACAUAAACGGCAAGGGGGACUGUGCCAAGGUAGAGUAUCAAGUGUUCUGUCAAGCUAUACCCAGAGUUUUCCUUCCUUGUCACUU